CAGCGAGUUAGUGAACCCCAUUCCACACCCAGAGACCUACAAUGGAUGAUAUCUACAAGGCAGCGGUGGAGCAGCUGACUGAUGAACAAAAAAGUGAGUUUAAAGCUGCAUUUGAAGUGUUUGUGCAGGACGCUGAAGAUGGUUGCAUCAGUACCAAAGAGCUAGGGAAGGUGAUGAGAAUGCUGGGUCAGAACCCCACACCAGAAGAACUACAGGAGAUGAUCGACGAAGUCGACGAGGACGGCAGCGGUACAGUGGACUUCAAUGAGUUCUUGGUGAUGAUGGUAAGAUGCAUGAAGGAUGACAGUAAGGCAAAGUCUGAGGAAGAGCUUUCCAACAUCUUCAGAAUGUUUGACAAAAACAGAGAUGGAUAUAUCGACAUAGAAGAACUUCAGGCCAUGCUCAAAUCUACUGGAGAGACCACAAGUGAAGAAGAAGUGGAAGAACUUAUGAAAGAUGGGGACAAAAAUAAUGAUGGGAAGAUAGAUUACGAUGGUAACACACUGCUCAAAUCAUCACGGAUACACUGCCGAUCAUAUAUAUAAAAAUAGCUGAAAUAGUUACUGAAUAAAAUGUUUCCAAUCAUUCAUUAAUCAAGCACAAAUGCUAAAUACAAACUUUUUAUAUUUCAGAGUUCCUGGAAUUCAUGAAAGGAGUGGAAUGACUUCUUGAGAAAUGAACUGUACAUGUUUGCAUGCGUUUUGAUUGUCCUUCACAAUGAACUAAUGGAAGUUUGACCCCACUGGUGUGCAAUCCUUUCCUCUUGCAGUGUGUGUGAAAUACAGGGCUUAUAAAAGGCUAAAUGAACUGACCAUUUAGUUUCAGAUGCAGAACUUCUAAGCAUUGGGUAAACUGCAGGAGAAUGAGGAUCAGGUUUAGCAGAACUCUCUGGAGACUGGACGAGUUAAGCUUGCAUACCCGCUCCAAAGGAGAGCCAGUAGGAUUAGCACUGAUGUCAAAUAUGCUGCAGCUAUUUCUGGACCAGGAGAUGACAGGAUUAACCUUAGCGGAUAGUAACAUGGGAAUGUUUUACCAGUACCAGUCACUUCCAAAAGACAAAAUGAUGACAACUGAACAUGUCUCCAGUGCAGAGUAAUGAGUCUCUCAAUGAUUAAUCAGAAUUCUUAACCACUUGCAGAAUUGCAUAAAUGACAUCCACUACACUUCAUUAGAUAUACACAGAUGUGCUUUUUAGGUGUUUAAACUCAGGUGGGCAAUUAACCUAAACUUAAGUAAUCACUGACCACAGGACCAGUAGCAGUGUUGUAGUUUUAAGCACAUCCAGUGGUCUCAUGAUCAGAAGCUGACCAAUGAAGAGUUAAAAGCUGCCAUUUUUAAAUACAUACACACAAAACACUUAAAAAUGUACUUUUAAACAAAUACUUGCAAAAUUUCUUAACACUUUGGCUUGAUCUUAUAAAUGGGAAAACGGUCAGUCUAACAAGAACACUCUGUACCUGGAAAAGCUGCAGGUUUGACUGGACUGUAAGCAAGACCAUGCACCCAGGUAACACAGACCUGUCAUUAUGCUUCACGUUCAAACAGUCUAAUAGACAACAUGGCCAGUAAUGCCACAUAACCACCUGACCAUCAAUAAAUGAGUGGUCUGCUACUGACCAUGUCACACACAUCUUUACAAGACUAAGGAUCAGAGCCAAACAGAAAAUUUAAAGCAAAAAAGUCUGGUCAUUAAUGGCAGAUUUCACAAAUGUACUCCUAAAAUGGGAGUCUGUGUGAGCAUUGGCAUGUGCAUGGAUGGAACAAAUAUCCAGACACUGUAGCUCCCAACAGAUGUAAGAAGCCAAAUGAAGUCUCAGGAAAGGAAAACGAUGUAGAAUGCAGAGAACGGCAAAUAAGAAAUUCACAUUUUCAAUUACCAAAGCAUGGCUUUAUUGUGGAUGAUAAAGUCCUUUUGCAAUAUCGCUAAUUCUCUAUUUGGCAGCCUCCUUUUUUGCAAUGGUCUUCAGCCCCUUUUUGUUGUGCUUCUUAGCAAAACGCAUAUUCCUCAAGAACUUUG